AUGUUUACAGUUCCUGAAGUCGAUGACGACGCAGAGACAUCUCCACAGGCGGAUGCGACUAAAGUGUUGACAACAGCGGAAGCGCCAAAAGAACCUCCACCUGAACCUCCUGAAUCAGUUCCUUCGAUCGAAAAAAAGGAAGACAUAGUAGUAGAGAUGCAAUCGGAAUCGAUUUCGACGUCUCCAGCCGAAAAAGAUCCGACCAGCAAUGCAACUACUCGACAACAUCUGUCUCGACUAACUCAUUUUCAUCGAAAUACUAUCCAUGGCGGUGACUCAAUUGACGAUCGAACCGCAUCUCAUCAGCAACAUCAUUCAGCUCCUCCGGCACACAAUCAACAAUCGAAAACUGGAUUAGAUGCUAUCAAUGAACAUGGAGAAGAUUCUUCUCCAGGUGAUCAACAAUCACAACAGAAAACAACUCAUCCACGCUUUCCUCGUUCAAGUACAGUACCCUAUCCGGCUUAUGCAACUGUAAGAAAAACAGCGAGUCAUUAUAUUCCUCCGACGUACUAUUAUUACACCGAGGAUGGUCAAUUUGAUGGACGACAACCGUUGCCAAUUAUCAAUGCUGGUUUUCAACCAAUUUCACCACAUCAUCCUCAAUACGUCAGUCGACCUGUCGAUGUUCUUAAACCAACGUUUCUGAUUGUUCCGAAAGCAACUGAACAACGACUAAUUGCUCAAUUGUCUGCGUCAAAUUCACCUGUCUUGACGGCAAAUAAAACAAAAUCAACGACAAAAGUUUCCCAAAAAUCACCAACAACGACAACGGCCGCAACUAAUGAAUCGCCAACUAAAAAUGUUAUGGAUAUUGCACAUCAACAUAUCGGCCUUCUAGCUACACCGAAUCCAUCGCCUUAUGUUCAUUUUGUUAACGUGCCUCAAUCACCGGAAUUAUCAGUACAAGAGGGUCCACCCGAAAGAACGAUCAUACAUGAUGAAUUCUCUAAUCUACAAGAAUAUCAACAGCCUCCAUCCUCGACUAGUAUUCGUUCGAUGCCGAAUAUCGCACUUGCACAGGUCUCGCCUCAUCACUUAUAUGGUUCACCGUCUUUACGUCAUUACUAUCUCGCACAGCAACCAACUGAUGAACAGCAAAUAUUAACUACUAGUACAACGGAAUCAACGAACGGCGGCGGCGGCGGCACACGAUCGGCAACAACAGUUCCACAAAUGCUUCGAACAACCGAUGGACGUAUUGGUGAAUUGGAUGAAUCAAGCUUAGCAUCUUUUGAUUUAGCGCACACCGACAUCAUUGAUAUGCCGGGCUCAUGGCGAUAUCAGCCAGUCCCUAUUCGUACGAUUGCUCGACGAUAUCGUCAGCCGAUUCCCCAAUCAUUUCUUGAUUCACAACAGUAUGUCAGCGAUUCAGAACAGAUUCUUCAUUCAUCUAGUUAUCGACAACCGCAACUAUUCGGUUCGAUACCGACCAUUAACAGGCCAUUCGAUUCAAUUCGAAGUCUACAACCAAUCGCAUUUCCACCGUCGAUUCGUUUGAGUGAUAAAGAUAUCCUGAAGAUUGCGGCGUUCUACAAAAGUAUGGGUACAUUGGUCUAUGUUGCACAUAGCACAGCAACUCUAUACUCAUCCGAUUUUGACUCAAUGGCUAAUUUAAAAGAUUGGAAGAAAUUGUACACUGGUGUGCCCAUUUGGUUAUUCAAUACUGGCAUGAAUCCAAAAAGAGCACGUUCUAUUCGUUUGAUAAUCUCGGAACUUGGCUCAAGUUUUACUCUAUGGGAUACGAUUGUAAAUGGAGCAUCGGAUGUGCGUUUACCGAAAUCUCGCCAUAUAACAUUAAAAUCUCUGGAAACAGGUGCCGUUCUUGCAUUGAAAUUUGAUGAUACAAAUGCAACAGAUGAAUUUCAUCAAUAUUUUGUUAAACUUUCAUGUGAUCCGCGUAACGCUGAUUUGUUCGAUGUAUUCAACAGCAAACGUCGUCGACCUACUUUUGUUUUACGUAAAAAGAAGAUCAGGAAAUCAGCUAUAUCCAAACCAUCACAUUUUAAUCAUAUUACCAAAGUUGAUGAACAUGAUCGAGAUUCCUUAUACACAUUUUCGGUGCUUGUCGAUGAUGCCAUUGUUCCUCUUUCUCCUCCACCUCCUCCUCAUACUACUACCACUACUACUGCUACUGCUUCUUCUUAG